AAUGACGAUGCUCAGCGAGUAGUAUAGCAGUGAACCAACUAUCGACAUGACCAAAUGUCAAGAUAUGUGUGCCAGUGUUGCCAUAAUUUCUGAGUUGUUGAUGUCAUUUUCAGCAUGUAAUUAGGUCCCUCGAAUCACGCACUUACAUAAAGGCGGGAUCCCAAGUUCUCAGAAAUAGCAGAUAUUGUCUUCAUCAGCCACCAGCAAGGUUUUGAAGAUGCAGCCAUGGCACUGGCGACGCCCUUGAGCCAAGCUAACCCUGCCACCAUGGCCAGUAAUAAUAACCACCUUCCUGGGAUGCGUACCAAUGGCAUCGUCAUGCCUGAGAUGGAUUCUCUGGUGGCCCCUCAGAAAGCCAGGCCUGUGCCCAAUCAUCUGUUGGACACACAGAUGUUCCACAAAGUGUCCCACAACUCUGUUGUUCAGGCAGAGCCUGCAUCAGUUCACUUCACCGGAUUUGAGCCAGGCAAAGUGCACAAACAGAUCCUGCGCUUGAUCAACAUCUCAUCCGAGUGCCAGAACAUGCACAUCGUCCCCCCGGCCACUCACUUCUUCAAGGCCUGGUACACUAAGCGGGAUCGGCUAGUACCCGGCAUGGCAGUGGAGGUUGAGGUGGAGUUUAGACCUGAUGAAUGGCGGUACUACUACGACUGCAUCAGGAUCCACUGCCAGGAUGAGGAGAACUUGUUGGUUCCCGUCCAUGCCUACCCUGCAAUGAGUACAGCUGAGUUCCCUGAAGUCAUCAAAUUCCCCCCAGUCCCAAUCUCAGAGAGUCGUUCAAGAUUGAUACCUCUGCGAUGCGAUGCUCCUGUUGACUUUGAGUUCCAGUUGACUUUCCUCCAGCCACACCCUGCCUUCACCGUUGAGCCCAUGAGCGGCAUUGUCCCAGCUAACGGAGAGGUCAACAUCUCGGUAACCUUUGCCCCCACUGAGUUCAGCACAGCACUGAUGAAGCUGCAACUGGUGACAUCACAGUUCAAUUCAAAGCCCCUGGUGUGCUUGGUAUCUGGCUCAUCUGCUCCUGGACUUGCCGAAGCUGAGCUAACUGCCCGCUGCAACGGUCACACCUCCCGCCCCAGCGACUCCCUCUUAGACCCCCACUCCAUCUCUCCCGUGGCCAUGGCCCGUCGCAAGAAGCGCACCAAGAGCCGGAACCGCACCAGCUCACGGGAUGCUUUGGCCACCUCUAAGGAGAUCGAGCGGGAGGGUGUACGCUUCCCCAGCAACCUGGACACACAACACUCGGUCAACACAGUCCUGAUGCAGCAAGCUGGCAAGCUACGAGCCAAGGAGCUCAGGGAAGCUGUUCUAGCCAAGCAAGAAUCAGUUCCCAACACAAGACAGCUAAAGGAAGCCCUCUUUGAUCAUGAAGUGAAGCAAGAUGUUCUUGCAGAGAGAAGGAACCAGCUCAGAUGGCAAGUUCAUCUAGGCAGAGAUCAAAUUACUGCAAUAGCAAGAGAGGAGAUCUUACAGAGCAGAAGGGAAGCAGUCAAGGAAUACCAUUUUCAAAGAGGAGACCCAUUGCCUGACAUUGAGUUCAAGCGAUCCUGCACCGGCUGCACCCAGCGGCGCACCCACCGGACGGUGGAGUCCAUCCCCCCGCCUGUAGCUACCUUUGACCCCUACAGCAAUGACCCCUGGGCCAUGAAGCACCGGGCCCUGGGUCACUUCCAGCAGGCAGCCAUGAGGAUCAUUGUCCAGCUGAGAGUGGAGGGCAAGCGGAAGAUGAUUCGCAAGCUGAUUGAGGAUUACAGGACUGGGAAGGCUGGACGGGAGCCAUCAGCCACCUAUGGUGAAGACCAAGAUAGCCAGAUUAAGGACGUCCCCCUGGAUAUAGAUGCCGAGAAGGUCAAACCAUUUGCAUUCCCUACAUACAUAGCACCAGACUUCAAGGAUGACAUGGCCCCUGAUGCUCUGGGCAUUGUACCUGCCAAGUCCACAGAAGUUUUUGUCAAGAGACAAGUGCCUUUCUUCAACCUGAAGGUACCGCAGCAAUACAGACUGAUGGGCUAUGGCCCGCAUAAUGUCCAGGAUGCAUCCAGUGGUUACGUACCUCCGAAGCUCAUCAGACCGCUCCGAACUGGAGCAGAGGAUGAGAUAAUCCAUGUUCCAGCCCCUGAGCCAGCAUGGACAAAAGAGCAGGCCAUUGCCGAUGUAGGGAUGUCCCAGGAGGAGACAAUGGAGAUGGCAUUGAGGGACACCACCAGGACCAUGGAGCUAACACCUCCAUCAGCGCUGUUCAGGCCAAUUGACUACCCUCCUCUGCAUAUAUUUAACCCAGCCCCCGGCCUACAAGUCUUCAUGCCCCCACUCCCCUACGCUGAAGUAGAUGCUGACUUCCACCUCUGCCCUUUGCCGAGGUACACUCACAAGGAUCCCAGCAAUAAACACGGCACCACACUCAAGAAGUUCCUGGACAGAGAAGAUGUAAUACGCAGUACAAUGCAGUGGAAGAAGUUCCCAUCACAAGGUCUAGUGUCGCUUUCCAAUACGCCAACAUUGACCAACGUAUGGGUGCCUAGAUGGACGGAUCCCUUCAGCAAUGACCUUCUCCCUGGCGACGUCCCUUCCUUGUUAGAUGGACUUCCAGCUGAAGACAAACCCAACAUUAUUGACCAAUCUGAUGACGAGGCUGAUGCAGAUGAGAAAGCUGAAGCAGUUAGUCUAACACCAGGCAUGGUCAAUGCAGAGUUCCCAUUGAUAGAACAAGCACAGGCACCAGACAGAAAAGACAGUGAUGAGUUUCCACAUGGCAGCAAGCUUCCAACCCACAACAACCCAGUCAGUAGUACAGGACCUGUGCCAAGAGAGAAACGGGAGGCAGAGUUGGAGGUGUUUCUAAAGAAACGCUACAACCGACUAGGUGACAAGGUAGAAUCCAGAGUAACUCACAUGAACAACUUGGCUACUCAGCCAGAUCUGGUACUCAAGUGAGCUACCCUCGUCUCCGUGCUUUUGGACCAUUUUCAGUAUCAAGUGAAGCUUCUUUUCUUACUAUUUUCUACUUCUCUUUAUAUUGACGUUAGCUUAAAUCCACCCCUCCCCUCUCCCCCCACAGUAUUUUGGCUAGCGAUCCUGCUGUUGCUUCUUGCAGCAGCUGUUAAAGUGAGAAGUUAAAGUUGUUUAGUGUCAAGUGUGCUAAGGUCAAAUAGCCCCAGUGUGCCAGUCUGACAGCCUUGUAUACCGUAGCAUCCAACACUGACACUAUUCAGUGAGGACUCUCAUUGUCUGUGGUGAGCAAUCUACUUGGUUUCCAAUGAUGGCAAGAGAGUACUGUGUCAGGUUUAUCUAGACAGGUCCCUCUCUUUAUGUAGCAUGUGUAGACUGUUACUGAGGAACUGGGAAUCUCUCUACCGGUAGUUGUAUUUGCUGUCAAAUUGACCGUCCCUAGUAUUCAUAGCUUUCUAUUUAACUGGGCAAGCAUGUCGUGAAGCAGCUUAAGUAUACAUUGUAGGAUGCCCUCUCUUAAUCUUUGUACAGAGCCUGUUAUCUAUCCAUCAUAUUCAAGCUGUGGCUCGGAUUAUACGGUGCUGCUAAGCAGGUCUUAUCUACCAUUGAAAUCUCUAUUCAUGUCACAGAGAUCAAAAGCAGUUAGAAUACAGUACCUGACUUCAGAGGUCAACUUGACUGGAGCUAUUGACGCAGCAAUGUGAAUUUCCAUGUGCUGGCAGCUGUUGACAUGUAGGCAGUUUGCGAUUGUGUGUAACAUUAGCUUAACUAGUGUUUCUGCUGAGGAUGAAGCAAUGCCUUGUAUUGGCCCGAGUACCAAAGCCAGAUUGUAUCUUCAUAUUCCCAACGCUUUUAGUGGGCUCUUUCUCCUAUGCUGUUCAUGUUUUGUGCCGGGGAGUGAAGCUCUCAAAUAUCAGUGUUGACAGUAUUAAUAACGUGAUAGGAGCAUACCUGCAUGAAAAAGCUGCAGUUAUUGUCCGCCGCUUUCUCAUUGAAGAAGUGGAAUAUGUAAAAGGCGUUCAAUCCCCCUCCCAUCUGAACAGAAUUGGUCACCAGAAAUGAAUGCUGAAAUGAGAAACUCUAAGAACCUAUAGAAUUGAGGGAAAUGAUUGUAAUUUACUGUCUUCAGUUUUAAACGCUGCCCCGAGACUUGCUUCCUAAGAAUGCAUGUAAAUUUUUGUGAAGUUGACAAAAAAGGAGUUUUUACUUACUAAAAAAGUAUAGAUUUAUAAUGUACAAAAUAUCGAGACUAUUUAACAGCUUUAUGUAAAAUGUAUUUAAAAAAAUGUGUGUACAUAAUUGAAGUGUUACUUGUAUAGUGUUCCAAUUUAGAGUUUGUGCAUUCAAUCACUUACCAAUAUUUUGUGCAUUUUCUUUCAAAUUGCCACCAACUUUAAUCAAAAAAAGACAAGGGAAGACAGUAUUGUAGUUGGUACAUGACAUCAGUAUGACUACACUGAAAGUUGUGCUUUUAAAUAAACCCUAAAGAGGAAACGUUUUCUGUGAAUUCACAUUUUAAGGAUUUUAUUUUUGUUUAAAACAGAGAGUAAUGAGGAUAUUGUCAACUUUUGAGUGAAUUUGAGUAAAGGGUACAGAUCUGAACUACACAAACAUUUACAGUGUACACGAGUAACUAUUUAUGCAUGACCACAUGGGGAGUAAACACCCUCAAUAUAUAUACAUGUAUAUAGCUCUCUUGUACACUGUCAUGCAACCCAUUUUGCCUUGUCACUUCUUUAACCUUUUACCUUGACAGGCUACAGUGUACAUGUACAUCCGAAGCUGUUUCUGAUACUAAUUCCCAGGUCUCGCAAUUGAGCUUUCAUCGUAUAAAGUUAAACAUGAUACAAAAUGUUACUGUGGGGCCAUGGCAUUGCCUGUGCGCACUUAGGCGCAUCGCGACACCCUGUUCAUUGAAGAGGAAUGUAACGUGUGUACCAACUGUGAACAUGUCAUAGUUUCCGAUCCUUAUUGGCAGAUGUCUUUAGAGAUGUUUAAUGGCGGAUGGUGGUGCAUUUGACAUCACAUGAUGAUUGAAAUCUGCACAGCAACUGUAAAUGGAGUGAAAUCAAGACAUUUUAUCCUGUUCAGUCAGAAAGGAUACAGAGCAUAUAAUAUCUAUGAUUUCAUGCAAGACAUAACCACAAGCUGAUUCAUACAACUGGUUUUGGGGGAGUUUGAGUAAUGGUAAAAAUGCAUUGACAAUCGCAGAUAUACUGCUUGCAGUGGACACAUUAAUGACUUGCAUUCAGUGGACCCCCUUUAUUACUUGGCUCAUGUCUUGGUAGACUUUCAAUCAGUCCUUAUUCAUGCUUUCCAUUUUUAUCUUUCAUGGAGACAUAUUUCAACGUCUCUUAACAUUUUCAUCACUCCUUAAAAUGUACUUUUGGUGAAAAUACUUGGAGACCUUUUCCAUUUAUUAUUGCUUUUCAGUUUUGUGAUUUGUCUUCAGCCAAGCUUAUGUAGAUGUAUAUGGAUUAUUUCCUCUGCAGUAAUACAAUUCUAAGACAAUACUUCUAAGAAGGUCUGACUUGUAUGUUCUGCUGAUGAUUAAAAGUUCUCAUUGGUUCUUUUUGAAUUUGAAAA